AUGAGCUCUCUGUCUUUUCUGAUAUCAGAACUUCAAGCUCUAGCGACAGAGACACGACGACGUUAUCCCGAUGUUCGGGAGGCUUCGGAUAAAGCUGUCGCGUUAUUACGCGCGAACCCAGGUGCAGAAGGCCUGACUUCACUUAUUGAUGGAGCGCAUGGAGAUGAUCUCAUGAAGCCUGUAUUCCUGGGAUGCGCCAGCAAGAAUGCGAAAGUGAUUACUCUAGCUUUAAGUGUGCUUCAACGCCUUAUUGCUCUGAAAGCGGUCUCUUUUCGCGCUCUGCCGCAUAUCAUCUCCACCAUGGGCGAAAUCAUCUCACAAGGCGUCGACAUUCAACUCAGGAUUCUCCAAGCGUUACUAUCGCUUGUUACGACAUUUCCAGACCUUCAUGGAGCUGUCUUAGGAGAUGCGUUACUACUCUGUUUCCAUCUUCAAGACUCGCGGAUUGCGGUCGUUUCUUCCACUGCGGCUGCGACUCUACGCCAACUUGUCAUGUUCAUCUUUGAAAAGGUGGUCAUGCAAAAGGCAGCGGUCGAAAUACACACCAUUCGUCUUCCUGACGGGACAUCAACACAACUAAGUAGUGCUGAGCUCGAUGCGUAUCGCGUCUUCGAGGACCUGUGUCUACUCGCCAAUGCCGAAGCACCACAAUUUCUGCGACUGGAAUCUUUGCCCAAAACCUUUGCGCUAGAGCUUAUUGAGAGCGUGCUCACAAACUAUCAUGGCUUGUUCCACAAGCGCCCCGAAAUACUCCUACUUCUUCAUCAUCAUCUCAGUCCACUCCUUCUCAAGGGGCUUUCAGAGAGGCCCCUGUUUCCAUUGGCACUACGAUCGACACGAGUAGUUUUCCUCCUCCUAAAGCAAUUCUCUGACGAGCUUGCGACCGAAGCCGAAGUUUUUGCCAUGAUGCUCAUAAGAAUAAUAUCUGGGGAAGAUUCCAAUGCAUCCGAUGGCUCUCGGAGGCCGCAUUGGAUGCGGGUUCUUGCUACAGAGGUGAUACGAGGGAUAUGCAAUGACGCCGAUCUCAUGAGACGGUAUUGGCAGCUGUACGACGCAGGAACAGAAGGUUCCCAUGUCUUUGCCGCCCUUAUUACCGCACUCAAAAGGCUCGUGACCGAAAGACCGGCAUUGCUCGGGGUUAGCCACCAGAUGCAAGGACUCGGGGUCCACGAAGGGACUACACUGGAACAUGUGGCUGGCAUUGUCGCGAAUGCAGCAUCGAGCACUGUACAUGGUGCCUUAGGGAUCCCUAAUAAUGCGACCGGGCUGAACAUGGAAACAUGUUCUAUGAGACUCCAAUGUAUCGACCAACUCGACAAGGCAGAGGCCCCAGCGAUACCGGAAGGAUACAUAUACGUGUUAGGGCUACAAUGUCUCGUCUCCAUCGCUGAAGGAUUCGCAGCCAGUACCCUUCCCGCCUUCGCCUUGUUAUCUCCCAAGGGCACCGACUCUGCGCCAAUGCGGCUACCGCCAGCUCUUGAUUUGGAUGCGCUCGACGGUGACGAUGCGACCGUCAAGCAUUUGCGUGUCGAAAAGCGGAUGAUCGAGGAUGGUUGGCCAGCUCUUCUUGCUGCGUUGUCCUUCUUGAUUGGCACCAAUCUCUCUGACGAGCUCUUUUCGGAGGUUUUGGCAGCACUCCAGGCUCUCACCAACGUUUCUGGGGUGCUUGGCCUCCAAACACCUCGAGAUGCGUUCCUAACCAGCUUAUCCAAGCUUGCUAUUCCCGCUCGAGUAGUCAGUCGGCUUGAUUCUCAUGUUGAGCCUUCUACCCCAAGAGGCGCGGCUGGUGUUGUGGAUGGUAUCGCUGCAUUGGCAGGCGCCUCUGUACCAAUACAAACGCCAGGACUCUCGGAUCGUAACGUGGCAUGCCUGAAGGUUCUCAUCUUCAGUGCCUCUUAUCUAGGUGGAAGCCUGGGACCCUCGUGGUUCAAUGUCCUGGAAACUCUUCAAAACGCGGACUAUGUCCUAACGAACAAGGGUACUCGGAUAAUCAGCUCUAGGAAGCUCCCGUCAGCGCUCCUCAACGCGUCGAUAGGGAAAGCCGCUUCGGGGACGUCCACUACUGCAGUAGAACCAGCAGCCAAUGGUUAUCACUUGGAUCGUCCAUUGCUUCUCACUGACGUCGAACCGGAACACGUCCUCAUGGCGAUCCAAGGUCUCUUCGAAUCUACAAAGGACAUGAGCGACGAAGCGUUCAAUCAUUUCACCGUCGCUCUCUGCAAGCUUUCCGCAGAGAUGAUUGGGAUGCAGGUGUCAGCAGACCUAGAUGAGAGCCUACAGGAGGAUGCGAAUGGCCCUCCAAUGUCUCCAACUGCAGCAUAUGCGCACCGUCGACGAGUCAGUGGAAUUCAGCUGACGAGGACCCCUCGUUCCGGUGACUUCAGUGUUAACAAGCUCGGUACCAUUUCGCAGCUCAACAUCAGCCGUCUAUUGUAUCUGGACGAGUCAAUUGCGUGGCAACCCAUCACUUCACAUCUGAUGACCAUUCUACGUCACCCUUUAGCCCCUGCGUCACUACGAAUUCAGGCUGCACAGAACUUAGACGGCGUUCUUGUCGUUAUUCCCCGUGCCCUGCAGAACCUAGAUAAAGAGACGAUUAAAACAGUUCAGCAACGGACACUAACCGUCCUUGCAUCGCAAGUUACCACUGAAGGCGGCUCCUCCACCGUUGUGGACAUCCGGCGCAUGGGGCUAGAAACCUUGCACCAGAUUCUUCAGACUGGCUCACAUACACUUCUCGUAGGAUGGGAAAUCAUUCUCGAAAUGCUUGCAAGCGUAUGCAGACCAACUACCGCCCCGACGUCGAUACCAAUGGUACCUGAAGACUCCAUUCCGGAGACCCCUAUAGUACCCACCACUCCACAUACGCGAGGGACACCCUCAUUAAAUACUGGCUUCUUAGACAAACCAAACAUCCCCUGA